AUGACCAUAUUGAACUCUUCGACAGAUUUGCCUCCGACAGCAACAGCCGAGCCACAAUCUCUCAGCCCAACACUGAUGGGGCAUCGACCAAAUGCUACAACGGAGGAUGUCGAGAAGCAAAGACCAAACGAAAGUGAAGAGCGUCCAUCCCAGCAGUCGGCUUUCAAAGGCCUCGCAUGGCUAGACCGGUUUCUAGCCGUCUGGAUCUUCCUGGCCAUGGCCAUCGGAAUCAUACUGGGGAACUUUGUGGAAAAUACGGGACCAGCCCUUCAGAGGGGGAAAUUUGUGGGAGUUUCCAUUCCAAUCGCCAUCGGUCUCCUCGUCAUGAUGUACCCUAUCCUUUGCAAAGUGCGUUACGAAUCUUUGCACCAUGUCUUCAAGGAGCGGGCAAUAUGGGUCCAAAUUGCCUUCAGUAUCUUUGUGAACUGGAUUAUUGCGCCUUUCUUGAUGCUGGGAUUGGCAUGGGCUUUCCUACCUGACCAACCAGAACUACGGGAGGGCUUGAUCCUUGUUGGACUAGCUAGGUGCAUUGCUAUGGUUCUUAUUUGGACCGGUCUCGCCGGCGGCGAUAACGAAUAUUGCGCUAUCCUCGUGGCCAUCAACUCGAUACUACAAAUGGUGCUCUUUGCCCCCUUGGCUGUGUUUUUCAUCAAUGUCAUAAGUCACUCGGGCAGCCAUGUUACUUUCUCUUAUUCCACCGCCGCAACAAGCGUGGCGGUGUUCCUAGGAAUUCCCCUAGGUGCCGCAAUCGUCACACGGAUGACCCUUCGGAAGCUUGCUAGUCCACAAUGGUACGACCAAGUCUUCGUCAAUUGCAUUAGUCCGUUGUCACUUCUUGGGCUACUAUUUACUAUUCUUGUGCUGUUUGCAUCCCAGGGUCGCCAAGUGGUCCACCAGAUUGUAUCAGUGAUCCGAGUCUCUGCUCCACUGAUCGUUUACUUUAUCAUUGUCUUCUUCCUCACUCUCCUGGUGGCUUACAAGCUCGGCUUUGGAUACAAGUUGGCUGCGACUCAGAGUUUCACUGCUGCCAGUAAUAACUUCGAGUUGGCAAUCGCGGUCGCUGUCGCAACAUUCGGUGCUGACAGCAAUCAAGCACUUGCUUCUACUGUGGGGCCGUUGAUUGAGGUUCCAGUAUUGCUUGGACUUGUUUAUGUUGCCAAGUUCAUUGGUAAGCGGCUGGGUUGGAAGGACUGA